ACACGCUAAUCUCCUGACAGAGCAGCAGCAGCGGAUACACAAACUCUAAGAAAACACUCCAAAAUGUCUCCGUUUGUCACUGAAAGAGCAUGAAAAGAAAAGUAAUUCUCCUCUGCAGUCUGCUGUUUGUGUUCGCCGGGUGUGUGACUCUUUUCGCGGUGUGGAGAUCCAGAGAGGAGCACAUGUCUGACUCAACUCUGCACUAUUUCCUGGGCCUGGGUUUGAUCCAGAGAGAAGACGCAGCAGACAUCACCUGGGCCCAUGCCGUCAACAGCAGAAGUAAACUGACAGAGGCUCUAAAAGAUUCAACUCUGAUGCUCGAGGCGGACAUUUUAAUGCGAGCUCUGGACCCCAAAGAGCCGAUCAUGGCGCACCCGCCGCAGACGGACAGUGACAUCACUCUGGAGGCGUGGCUUCAGGAGCUCAAACCCAACCACAAGGGAAUCAAACUGGACUUUAAGAGUCUGGAUGCGGUGGGGCCCUCCGUGCGGUUGCUGGAGCAGAUCUGGGGCCCCUCGUCUCGUCGUCCCGUGUGGGUGAACGCCGACGUGCUGCCCGGCCCCGGGGGUGUGGCCUCCCCUUUACAGCCCCAGAGCUUCCUGUCCGCCGUGGGGGCCCUGCCUGACCACACUGUGCUCUCUCUGGGCUGGACCACCGGCUGGACCCCCGGAGCUGAAAACCCAGGCUACAGUUGGGAGAUGGUGCGUGAGAUGGAGCAGAUCUGCGGACGUCUGAAGAACCCGGUGACGUUCCCAGUUCGAGCGGCUCUGAUGGGUCAGUCUGCGCCGCAGCUGCUCUGGCUCCUGCAGCAGUCCCACAGGUUCAGUCUGACCGUGUGGACGGGGCAGAGCGACUCCUUUAAAACGGAGGAUCUGGUUCAGUUCAGGAAACAGCUGGAGCCUCACAGAGUUUACUACGACCUGCCCGAGGACCAGAGGAGCGCCCUGGCCCAAACGGACCCUUAAACAAAACUGUGUCUGAGACUAUCUGGACUUCUACUUCUACAAGUUUUACAAAAGACACCAGGGCUCUCUGAAUCGGGCAAUCUUAAAUCAUGUUUGAGUAAUUAUUUAUUUUUAUAUGCUGUGAUUCGGUCAUGUUUUCAAUAGCUAAAAUGAAAAUCAAGAAACAGAAAAUCCAAUCAAAAUUUACUGUAAUUAGUCUUUUUCUGUAUUUGUAUCAUGUCCUGAGCUGUUCCAUGUGUCGUCACGGUGCUAAAAUAUCAAACUACUAAAAAAUACACACUCAAAUCCUGAUCUCGUCAGAAGCUAAGCAGAGCCGGGCCUGGUUAGGAUUUGAAUUGAGACCACUGGGAAAAUCAGGAGCCACAGGGGGGCGACAGUCAUUAAGAAAGCUGUCGUUGUGUCCUUAGGCAAGACACUUCAUGAAGAAAGUGUGUGUGUGUGCGUGAGUGUGAGUGAAUAAAUAAUGUUACUGUAAAACGUCUUUGAAUGUCCAAAAAGCGCUGUAUAAAACUGAUCCAUUAUUAUUAUUAAUUAAAACCACUCACUUCUUUAGACAAUAAAAUGUGAUUUUCCACAUUAAA